UUCUUCCUUCCUUCCUUCACUUUCUCAUCAUUUAUCACCCUCUUAUCUAUUAUUCUCUGAUCAGAUAGUCGAGCGCCGCCAUACCCUCCGUCGCCUGAGAAUAGUAAAUCGAUAUGGUCCUCGAACUUCAUAAGAACCCUCAAGGAGAGGAGGAGGAGGAUACGGAGCAGGAUAUGAAAUCAAUUGAUGCCAAAGCUGAUGAAAUCAAGAAGAAGAAAAACAACAAAAAAACGAGACGUCUUUUAAAGGAGGCUUCGGACGCUGGACGGCGUGGGAUUUGCUACCUGAGUCGGAUUCCUCCCCAUAUGGACCCUUUCAACCUUCGUCAGAUUCUAUCUCAAUUUGGAGAUAUUCAAAGGAUUUACCUUACUCCUGAAAAUUCUACCCAAGUGCGGCGCAAGCGUCCUGGUCGAUUUCAGGAUCAAGGGUUUUCCGAAGGAUGGGUUGAAUUUUCUGAUAAACGGGUUGCUAAAAGAGUUGCUGAUAUGUUGAAUGGAGAACAAAUAGGUGGGAAAAAGAAGUCAUCCUUCUAUUAUGAUCUAUGGAAUAUCAAAUACCUAAGUAAAUUCAAGUGGGAUGAUCUGACAGAAGAAAUUGCUUACAAAAAAGCCGCCCGAGAGCAGAAACUGGCUUUAGAAAUUUCUGCUGCUAAAAGGGAGCGGGACUUCUAUCUCUCUAAGGUUGAUCAAGCCCGUGCAUUCAGUUCCAUCGAAGAACGAUUAAAGAAGAAGCAAAAGCUCGAACAAGAACCGGGUGCUGAUCUUGAUCUUCCUGUUAGCAAUCAAGCAUUGAAAGUUCGAAAGUUUCCACAGAAACAACCUGUUGCAAAAAAUGAAUCAGAAAAUAAGCCUAAGCUUUCUAAAGAUAUCUUAGCUGGGGUAUUUGGUGGUUCUUGCUGAUCAAGACAAUUGCACUUGAUGAUAUGGGGCCAAAAAUAGCGCAAUUUUGAUGUCUAUAAUGUAGAUUGGUUUGAGAAAGCUUAUAACCCAGUUUUGUAGCCUUCGAUUGGGUCCUUAGAUAAAUUAGAUUUUGAUGGAGCUAAUUUUUGUAAUGUUUAAUCGGAAAAAUGGUCACUAAGUUGCCUUUAGUUUUGAUUUAAACUAUCUUUAGGCAAAAUUUUUUUAAUAUAAAUGUAAUUUAGUUUUCAUUCA